CCCCUCCCCAUCCACGACACUGGCAGUAAAACGAGGAGCAGUAGCUCUGUACUACAGGGGGAAGAUGCACUAGCUUAUUCCACAGAACUUGCUGAAUGUUGCAGUGGCCUUCAAAGGUCAGCGUGAUGCUCCCGGCUCAUCUGUGAUCUCUGUUGCUAAGGUUUCCACAAGGGCAGAGGGUUGUCGAGGCGCAAAAAGAUGACAUCACCGUCACCCACUCACAGUGACAGCAGCGGCUCCUCUAAGCAUGACGGCAACCAGGAUAACUGGGAGAUUGUGGAAGGGCUCAGGGGGGUUCCUGCCAGCAUCCAGGAGCCUGAGAGGCAGGGGGGCUUCCUGCUCAAGAGGAGGAAGUGGCCCAUGAAGGGCUGGCAUAAGAGAUACUUUUUGUUGGAGAAAGGCGUCAUGAAGUACGGAAAGCGGGAAACUGAUCUGAAAAAGGGGAAACUACAUGGCUGUAUAGAUGUCGGCCUCUCUGUCAUGUCGGUCAAGAAAAAAGCCAUGUGCAUUGAUUUGGACACAGAAGACAACAUCUAUCACCUGAAGGUGAAGUCCCCGGAGCUGUUUGAGGAGUGGGUGUCAAAGCUGCGUCAUCACCGUCUGUUUCGGCAGAAUGAAAUAGCUAUGUAUCCCCACGAGAAGCAUCUCUUCCACCCCCAUGCUACAUCCUCCCCCUCUCUUAAUGACUCGCUUAGAAAAAGGGCAACUCUUACCAAGCAGGCAUCAGUCCACCAGUCUAAGAUCAGCUCCUGGCUCCACUCCUCAGAGGACAUGGACAAGUGCUGCAAAGACUUGGAUGACUGUGAAUCAUAUCUGCUGGAACUGAACGUGCUGCUGAAGAGUAUGGAGGUCCUGCACCGCACAUACUCAGCUCCAGCCAUCAGUGGACUACAAGCAGCUACUUAUGACAUCCCCAAAAAGGAGAAGAGGCCAAGGAGGUGGCGGUCCAAAAACAAUGGCAAAGACACAAAAGCCACACUACAGGUUCCAAGCUGUAUCUCCCCCCAAUCCUAUCGCCUUCAUACCUCCAAUCCCAAUCUCUCCACUGCUGAUCUAAACACCCAGGAGGUCAUUCCUGAAUCCCCAGACUCACCUCCAGAUGCUUCACAUCUACAAGAGGACUUCUGCCGACUGGCCAGCAGCAUCCACGUCAAACUGAAAUCAGCUUUUAGUUCCCUGGUAGCAGAGAGAGACAGGCUGAGACACACUAUUGACCUGCAGGCCACCCAGCCACCUCAUGUUGUCGGUCUAAAGACUGCUUAUGCCUCAGAUUCUGAUGCCCCCCACUCCUUGGUGCACCAGGUCUCCAGUGAGAGCAAAGGAUCUCUCUCAGAAUCCAUAACGGAGUUCUUUGAUGCUCAGGAGUACCUCCUGUCCUCCUCCUCUUCUGAGAACGAGGCGUCCGAUGAUGAUUCUUAUAUCAGUGAUGUCAGUGACAGCGUCUCCGUGGAUACCUACAGCAACGCGGGGGGCAGUGAGAGACACAACUCCAUCAGCAGCGUGGUGACCCUGGCUCAUCGACGCUCCACACUGCCCUCUCCCUGCCCUGCCAACAGUGUGAGCCUGUGGAACAUCCUGAGAAACAACAUUGGUAAGGACCUGUCAAAGGUUGCCAUGCCCGUGCACCUCAAUGAGCCACUCAACACUCUGCAGAGGCUGUGUGAGGAGCUGGAGUACAGCGACCUGCUAGACACCGCUAAUCAGACUCAAGACCCCUACCAGCGCAUGGUAUAUGUUGCUACCUUUGCAAUAUCUUCCUAUGCAUCCAGCUAUUAUCGAGCAGGAAACAAACCCUUUAACCCCGUCCUGGGAGAGACGUACGAGUGUGACAGGCCUGAUAAAGGCUUCAGGUUUAUAGCUGAACAGCUGAGUCAUCACCCACCUGUGUCAGCAUGUCAUUCUGAUUCAAAGAACUUCACCUUUUGGCAAGAUGUUCGAUGGAAAAAUAAAUUCUGGGGGAAAUCCAUGGAAAUAGUUCCCAUGGGAACCACACAUGUCACACUACCUGGGUUUGGGGACCAUUACGAAUGGAACAAAGUGACUUCCUGCAUCCAUAACAUCGUGAGCGGCCAGCGCUGGAUCGAACACUACGGAGAGAUGGCAAUCAAGAACAUCAACAGCAAUGUGUGCCAGUGCAAAAUUACAUUUGUUAAGGCAAGAACAUGGAGCUCUACAGUGAAUGAAAUAGAGGGUGUGGUUACAGAUUCAAAUGGAAAAGUGGUACACUCCAUUUUUGGAAAAUGGCACGAAGCAGUGUUUCAAGGAGACCCACCGUCUGCCACGUGUAUCUGGAGAGCAAAUUCAAUGCCAGUGAACCAAGAACAGUACUAUGGCUUCACCCAGUUUGCAGUGGAGUUAAAUGAGCUGGACCCUACCAUAAGACCUCUGCUACCCCCCACAGACACACGCUUCAGGCCGGACCAGAGGCUGCUGGAGGAGGGGAAUGUAGAGGGAGCUGAGGAGCAGAAACAGAGAAUUGAGCGGCUUCAGAGGGAGAGGAGGAAAGUGCUGGAGGACAACAGCAUGACACACCAGCCACGCUUUUUCAAGAAGUCUACAGAUGACAGGUGGGUGAGCAACAACACAUACUGGGAGCUGCGGAAAGAUCCUGGAUUCAGCAAAAUGGACUUCCCUGUUUUGUGGUGACCUUUGGAUUUAACUAAACCUCUCUAGUUCACUUUAUUAUAGAGAGGGACGUCUGAAACUGAACUGAGGUCAGCCUCUAAGUGUCCUGACCUGCUUGUCAUUGUAACCUAAAUCCACACUGACUACCUGCUUCCUCUUUUUGGACUGAGCACAAUCUAUAGAACCUCUAUUAGUGUGUUACUGUUCUUCCCCUCCUGUAACUGUAAUUUACAUGUACGUGUAGACUAAAGGUCCAUAUGUGUUUGUUUUGUUGCAUCUCAGCUUUCACCAAAGUGCCUUUUUAUUGCAGUGCUGCAUUCAAGGAGCUGCUGUAGCAGUUUUGCACUUUUAUUCAAACUAAAAAUGUUUAAUGAUGUCAGUAUGAUUCUUAUCUGGAGAGCAAAGGAAGGUCAGGGCUGGACGGGAACUUGUGCAAAUGCUUUUACCUUGCUCAUGUGCUCCUCCAUCGAGUCAACAUCGUGACUCAAAGAAUUUCUGAUUAUUCCAGCUGAUGCCUGAUCAGAGAUUCUCAUUAUAGAACAGGAGCUUUUUUCAGUAUGCUGCCUUGUUUAUUAUCAUGAGUAUCACGGGGCUGUGUAUACAGUUUUUCACUGAGGAAAUGGCAAUAAGACUUCAUGUUGAAAGAAGAUAAUAAACUCUACAAGGGAUGGUUAAGUUAUGGCGUCUCACAGCUUCUUGUUUGUCUCACUUCCAGUCUCUUCAAAUGGUCAUCAAAAAAAAAAAGUUCAUUGAAAUAAUUAUGAAUUAAAUAUAAUUUAGCAGUUACAUCCUUUGAUGAUUAAUUUGAUGACAUUUUGGCACAUUGAUUGUUUGUUUGCACAUGUUCUGAAGUACAGUACUCAAAUGUAUUUAUUUAUUGCUGGAACACUGUCUCUCCAUCCAUUAUGCAGACCUGCUUUUCAUUUGCAGGGUUGUGCAGGCUUCAAGUGAAUCCCAGCCUGCAGUAUGUUUUUGGCCACUAGGAUGGAUCAAAAUAAGUUAACACCACUGACCUCUAACCUUAAGAAUACUAUGUAGUAAACUUGUUACCAAACAGUUG